AUGGCGCCCUCGACCUCGUUCGGCGCCCAUCCUACGAACCGCCCGUCGCACUACCGCACUCCCUCCCCUCCUCGCCAUGCGAUCGAGCCGCUCUCCCCCCGUCUCUCCUUUGCCGCUGCGGCCGGCCCUGCUGCGCUUCCGCGUGCUGGCUGUCUAGGGAAACCAGGCGCCAGCUGCUCCGGACGGGGCGAUGGGCCUGUGUCGUCCUCGGGGGACGAGGCGCGGGACGGCGAGCCGCUCCAGCAGCAUCACCAGCAUCACCAGCAACGCCAUCAGCAGCCAUCGCAGCCGCACCCAGGACACCAGCUACAGCAGCUACAGCAUCAUAAUCAUCUUCAUGGCCAACAUCAGCAGCACCAGCACCAGCAGCACCAGCAGCACCAGCAGCACCAGCACUCCCCGGGCAGGCCCGGCGGACAUGCCAGGUCGAGGUCUACCAUCGACACUCUUGCUACGAUAGCCCUGGCUACCAGCCCGACCUUCUCUCCUCUCGCCUACGACGGGCCGGACGAGCCAGUCAUCUCGCCCCUUGGACACCAGGGAGCUGCUCCUGAUCUCGACGAGAGGCCCUCGAAGCGAGCAAAGUCGGAAAAGGCGCCCUCGCCCGGCUGGCAGAGACUCGGAGACAGGCCGGCAACGAGCCAUGUCUCCAACCUCGAUAGCAUGAAGACAGACGCCGAGCUGCUGCUCAACUUCGCUAGACCGACCAACUCUCCCCAUUACUCCCCUCACACCACUCCCCUGUCCCGGAUCACUACAGAAAACCCUACUCACUCCUGGAACACCGAUCUGUGGCGCGGCCCUGCCUCGGCGGUUUCUGCCUACGACCACGGCGAUGUCAUACGCGACAGAGGCGCCUCCGUCUGGUCUGGGAUGCCAGGAGGUGCAAACGGUAUUCCGCCCGUUAGGCUACGGUCCCAGUCAGAUGGCGCUGCUGCACUCUCCAGGCCCGCCAUGAACGGCCUUCUGCCUGACUCACCUCUAUAUCCCGCUGCCAUGGGAGCCGUACUCGAAGACGACCUGGAAGAAGGGGAAGAAGAAAAGCCUGCAAAGAAGAAGAAAUAUAAGAACACUGCUGCAAUUACUCCCGCAGCUUCUGCUUCUACUAAUUCGUGGGGCCAAGAAACACCCGUUAUACCGUCUGCUAAACCGUCUCAAGAUAAGGAACCCACUAAAUCCAGACCACGAACGAAACAAAAGGCAGCCGACGCUGGCAGCUCUACCGGCCAGACGAACUGUGCGGCCUGUAACCGUGAUCGCCUCCCGGUCGAGGUUGGAGGAGACGAUGCAGAAGUUACCUGGGUCAACUGUGACGGAUGUGACCAGUGGUUCCAUAUCGUCUGUUGCGGCUUCAAGAGUGACCAUGAGAUACGGACUGUAGACAAGUUCAUCUGCAUCAAAUGUCGCCCCAUACACGGCCCAACCACCUUUGUCCGCAAGUCCACUCGUCCACGGACGGCUAUCGAUUACGCGGGCCUGAACCAGGGAUUCGUCAAGCCGCCCUCUGAGGAGAACGAAAACAUCCAUCUUGCGGCCAUAAAGCAAGGUACCAUAACAUUCCUACCAGACCAUUUCGCCAGGAUGUCGCCAGAUCUAGUCACCGCUUCAUACUUUGAACGCGGAGCUGGCAUGAUCGAGCCGGUUGUCAUUCCCGCGCAUAUGAACUCGCAUUCGGGUAUCGAUUUCCCCGAAGCUACUACGGAAGAAGAGUUCGAUGCAGGCAUCCCCGAAGAUAACGGCUACGAAGAGGCUAUUGACUGCGGCCAGGAUCUUCUCGACAUGGUCAUUCCCAGAGACCUCACGGUAAAGGCCGUAGGCGAGAUCUAUGGACCAGAGGAAAAGAUUGAAGUCAUCGACGUUAAAUCGCAGCAAGGCGAAGAAAAGAAAUGGACCAUGCAGAGAUGGAUGGACUAUUAUUACGAUACUAGCUCCUCCAAGAUGGUCAAAAAUGUUAUCAGCCUGGAGGUUUCGCAAUCUCCGCUGGGACGGCUUCUACGGCGUCCGCGAGUGGUCCGCGAACUUGACCUUCAAGACUCAGUAUGGCCACCCGAACAACAGGCCCUUGGAGACUAUCCGAAGGUCCAGUUCUACUGCCUGAUGUCUGUUGCCGACUGCUACACGGACUUCCAUAUAGAUUUCGGCGGUUCGUCGGUAUAUUACCACAUACUCAAGGGAAAGAAGACCUUCUUCUUCAUCCCUCCCAAGGAGAAGCAUUUGAAGAAGUACGACGAAUGGUGCAACUCCCCUGCGCAAGACACCACCUUUCUCGGAACAGAAUCCAAAGAAUGUUAUCGAGUAGACCUCUCCGAGGGUGACACGAUGCUGAUCCCUUCUGGCUGGAUUCAUGCUGUUUGGACACCCGAAGACAGUCUGGUUAUAGGCGGCAACUUCCUGACAAGAAUGAAUUAUGCAAUGCAGCUCAAGAUCACCAAGAUGGAGAAGGACGCCAAAGUCCCGCGAAAAUUCCGAUAUCCAUUUUUCCAGAAGAUUAUGUGGCUCACUGUCUUGAAAUACCUUGCUGAUGAUCCGCUUCCACCUCAGCUGCAGGACGCUUUUGCUCAGGAUGAGAAUUACCAGUUCCACCGCGAGAAACCCGUUUAUCACCCAGAAGCAGAGGAAUUUUCUGCUAGCCAGGAGCCAGGGUCGGAUUAUUAUAACGCCAAAUUCUACCCCCAGGGUGAGAUUGACGGACUUCCCGAGCUGGCUAAAUACAUUCUGAGAACUGCAUUGAUUGCAGGUGGCUAUAAAGUUGAUGGUGUCACUAAGGAAACGAGAAACGCCGUCAGCAGAUCUAUCCCCAAAGGACAAGGUGAUCCCGUCGAUACGGCGCAGAAAUUUGGAGUCUGGGUUGCUUGGAAACGGGGUAACGAACCCGCACCCCAAUGGACUCGUCCCGGAGCAAUCGUUAUGGAUGUAAAAGUCGACAUAUCUGAUAAACGCCGAAGCACUAGGCCACGCAAACAGUCUGAGCGUGCUAUGAGCGGGUCUCAAAAACCGAGGCCUUCACUCACCAAUGCUCAGAAGACGUCUGACCAAGGCUCGCAACCUGCAAUUAGCACGCCUCUGAGAAGCGUGUCCGCUUCUUCCGGCAGUGGAACACCUGCUGAAGAAACACGCAUGCCGUCUAUCGCCGAUAGCAAAGGCUUGGAGGGCAGCCCACGACAGACUCCUAAGGCUACAAGCCUCGGUCCGAAACGGAUUGCCUGUGACCCUUGCCGAAAACGCCGUAUCAAGUGUCGUCACAAAGAUGGUGGUGGUCUUGAUACUACUUCCGAUCAAGAGGUUGUUAAAGAAUCGUCCAUUGGUGUAGAUGCAAGGGAAACAGCCUUGGCUGCCUCAGGGUCUGAUGAUUCCGUCGAAAAGAUCAAUGGGAAUUCUCUCCCUUAUCGCAAUGACGCAUUAAAUCAGGAUAACGUCUGUGGUUCUAACCCUUCAGAGUCGAGCGGGAACGGAGAGAAGAGGCCUCAGGAAACAAGCCCUGGCUCAUCAAGUUUCAGUAAGAAGGGCAGAAUAAAGGCCUGUGAGGAAUGUCGGAAGAGUAAGCGGCGCUGCAUCCAUGACGAAGCCGGUCGAGUUGACCCGGUCAAAAUCCAAGAGCAACCGAAGGCGAAACGUUCACGGCCUGAUGAUGAAAAAUCAACACCUCCAAAAAAGCAGAAGCGCAAUGAAAAUAAGCCGCCACCAACUACAGAAAAUAUAUCUUCUCGCUCAAAGAAUGAUACAGAUUCUGCACAAGAGCCUAAGAUCGGCAAUCCGCGAGACAAGGCGCAUGUUCUCAAGUCCAAUUUUCCCCGAGAUAGCCCUCUUUAUUCGUCUCCCCCAGCCGGAAACUCAGAGGCAGAAGCUCCCACUGAACAACAUCCAAUUGCCCCAGAAUCUGAACUCCCGAUUGGCAGUCUUGUAUCCCCGCCAACAUCCCUAGUCGACGACAUUGAUGGAGUGCCCAGCUCGCUGGACGGUGAAAAGGGCAAAACAGCAGAUGGCGAUCAGAAUACUGACAAGCCUUUAUCAAUUCAUACCCCAACCUCCAUAUCUUAUCACCAAUCCCGUUACCCUUCCCUCAACACAAAAGCUGUAGAUGGACAAAAGCGUACCUCCAAGGACCGUUCUUCCGCUUCAGGCCUAUCUCCGUCCUCUCCGGUUAGAUCAAAGACAUCUUCAAGACCCGGAUCAUCCCACCGUACAAACGACGGCAAUGCGCCACCAUCAAAAAAGGCACACGACCGGACCAGUUUCGCAGAAGCUGAUGUUGACCCAGAUAGCAUCAAGCUCAUUAGACAAAUUCAAGAGGAAGAAUUUGGACUCCGACGCAGAAACACGAAGCCAAAGCACUAA